AUGGACCAGUACACUGGGAUAACCCCCUCCUCUUCUCGAAGGAUGCACAGGAUUCUUUAAAGUGCAUACAAGCCAGCAUCCUGGAUAAACCUGGUCUAAAAAAUAAGAUUUUUGUUUUUCCUAUAAUGAUGUAACAACCCCAAAAUAGCUUUUUAUUGGCCACUUUUAUCAGUGCUUACAUAGGCCUGGCCAACAACAAAAAAUGUUCCUUCCGUUUAUAUUUAUGAUGAUACAAACCCCAAAAUAGUUUCCUUUUACUGACCACUUUUACCAGAUCCCGGAUAGAUCUGGCCUACAACAAACACACAUUCACAGUUCACAUUCAAUUAUUUAGAAUUUCUAAAUGUAUGGGAGAUACAUCACAGUCAUGCAAACGAUCAUCACAAGUUGGUGUGAAAACUGCGAAGGAUAAAAAUCUCUACUGAUGCUUUGUGACUACCGACAAUAAGUGACACUUCCUUUAAAAAGCAGAAAGUUCUAACAACUAAGUACAAAACUGCAAUAAUGGGCAGACAAACAAAAAUCCUUUGUAUUAAAAAGGUCUCAAAACUAUUAUUAGAGGCCUGAACUAUUAUUAGAGUAAAGUUCUCAGAAUCUUUAAUCUCCUAUAUAUAAACAUGUAACCUGAAGAAAAUCUACAAAUUGCUGUGACAUUGCACAUAAUCAUCUGUACUGCUAUGGAGAACAUACUCCAUGAGCUCACUACAGUUACCUGGUCUCACAGGAGUUACACACCAAAUGAAUUGGCCAAGCGAGCAUCUUUUCCAAUAGUAGUGAAGGCCAGUAGUAGAGAACAUGGUAAUGAGUUCUACCAGGAUUUCAAUAAUGACCAAGUUUUGUACUUGCAUGGUAUUAAAGAACAAUUUCGAUUUCUUGCAUGGGAUGUCAAACAGAAUGAAAUCAGUAUUCCAAUCAACAGUCCAGUCACCUUUUUGGAACCUGGCUCAAGAGAUAACAAGGUGAUCCUCAAGGAAGACAUGAAACUACCACAAUAUAUCAAGAUCGACCUGCGCCGUUCCAAGCAUGACUUCUCCCAAUUGAUGUGCUUGACGGAGGAAGAUGAAAUCAUUCUGAAUGUCAAACGAAGAGGUUGGAUGAAGUAUUUAAUAGGAGUAAGUUUGUCAAAAACUUGUUCAGCUAAUAAACAAGGGUUGUGGCGUGGUGGUGCCUCCAACAGUGAACUCUGUUCAUUAAAUGGUGAAGUUGGCAGCUGCAUGGAGAGCAUCCCAGUUGACUGCUGUGAAAUGCAAUUCUACAUUGCUCUUGACCUUCGAGAUGAAACCAUUGAAGAUUUCUUCAAAUUUGAAAGUUGUGUAACUGACUUGGUCAUCAGUACUCAUCAGCACCAACUGGACAGUUACCAAGGCAACACAGACUUCAUAAUCAAUGCUCAACCAAAUUAUAUUGACAUGCUUGCAGAAAUCAGCACUGCUAUUAGUCUUCAAGAAAAUGCCACACUAAAAGGCUCAAAAGAGAAGCACAAGAAUUUACAGAAAAAGAAAGAAGAGGCAAACAUUUAUACUGAUACGAAUAUAAAUGACAGUCUCCUUCAUGACCUGUCCACACUAAAAGGCUCAUCAGAGAACUGCAAGAAGUUACAGAAAGAGGAAAAAAAUCCACACUACACUAAUAUGGAUAAAAGUCAGAUGGCAACCAGCAGUUAUCAGAACUUGACUUCGUUAGGUCUCUCAUCGGAAGAAUAUGAUUAUCCACAAUUUGAUGACGAUUAUGAAAACAUGGAAGAUGAUCUUUUAUUAUUAGACAAUGCAAAACAAAAAACAUAUCAGAAAUGCAAUGAGGAUAAGCAUCACCAGUUUUUAUCAAUGCACAGAAAAGUAGAAAAUGCAGAAGUUAGCACUGCUAAUAAUCUCCCAGUAAAUAUAAUUAAUAGUUCCUAUGACAAUUCCAUACUAAAAGGCUCAACAGGGAAACACAAAAAGUUACUGAAAAAUAAAGAAAACACAAACCUAUACUCUGAUAUGAAUAUGAAUGACAGUUCUGACCAUGACAGGUCCACACUAAAAGGCUCAAAAGAGAAACACAAGAAGUUACAUAAAAAGAAGGAAAAGACAAACUUAAAUACUGAUAUGAAUACAAACGAGAGUCCAAAUUAUGAGUCGACAUCAACAGGCUCAACAGAGAAGCGCAAGAAGUUACAGAAACAGAAAAAAAAUCCACACUACACUAAUACUGAUAAAGGUCAAAUGUCAACCAACAGUUAUCAGAACUCGACUUUGUUAGGUCUCUCAUCAGAUGAAUAUGAAUAUCCAGAAUUUUAUGAAGGUUAUGAAAACAUUCAAGAUGAUGUGUUCUCUUUAAAGAAUACAAAACAAAAACCAGUUCAUAAAUGCAGUGAAGAUAAGAAUAAUCCGUUUUUAUCAAUGGAUGGAAAAGAAGAAAAUGCAGUAAAUAAAAGUCAGAUGGCAACCAGCAGUUAUCAGAACUUGACUUCGUUAGGUCUCUCAUCGGAAGAAUAUGAUUAUCCACAAUUUGAUGACAGUUAUGAAAACAAUGAUAGUUCCCAUCACAAGUCCACACUAAAAGGCUCGACAGAGAAACACAAGAAGUUACAAAAAAAGAAAAAAAAGUCAAACUGUACAGAUAAGAAUAUAAAUGACAAGUUACAGAAAAAGAAAAAAAAGCCAAACCAUACAAAACCAGGAAAAAGUCAGAUGAAAACCAGGAGUUACCACAAUCUGACUUUGUUUGAUGAAGGCUAUGAAAUGACGAAUGUAAAUUCUCUUUAUGAUCUAUUAUCAUUAGAGGAAGCAAUACAAAAACCAGAUGAUACAUGCAAAGAUGGAAAGAACAGAGUUUCACCAUCAGAAGAUGAUAAGGAGUAUUCAGUUCCAAUGAAACAAGCAAAUAUGAAGAAUCUGGUGACUUCAGAGGAAAAUUACAGCUUAACUGGAAUGAAACAAGGAGCAAAGAAAAAGAUGAUAGUGGAUGGAAAAGAGGAUAAACAUGGUUAUCUAAUUCCUCUUACACCUAAAACAAGAAUGAAGACAAUGGACAAGGUUUCACAAUCAGAAGAUGAUAAGGAGUAUUUAGUUCCAAUGAAACAUGGAGAAAAUGGGAAUGACAAGAAACAUGUGACUACAGUGCAUGAUCAAAAGGAUGAUUAUCUAGUUCCUAUCAAGCAUGAAACAAGAAUAAAGAGAAGGGUUAAGGCUUCGCAUUUAGAAGAUGAUAGAGAGUUUUUAAUUCCAAUGAAACAAGGAAAAAAUAUGGAGAAACAGGUGAAUUUGAAAGAAAUGGAUUAUUUAGUUCCGAUGAAUGAAGAAGCAAAUGUGAUAAAACUGGAAACUUUAGAAGAUAAUGAGGGUUAUUUAGUUCCGGUGAAACAAGCAGCAAAUGCAAAUGACAAGAAACAGAUAACAGAUGAUGAUGAAGAAGAUGAUAAAUAUGAGUAUCCAGAUCCUAUUGAGCAAGAAAUUCCAAUGAAACAAGAAGAAAAUAUGGUUAAACAGGUGAAUUUGAAAGAAAUGGAUUAUUUAGUUGCAAUGAAUGAAGAAGCAAAUGUGAUAAAACCGACAACUUCAGAAGAUAAUGAGGGUUAUUUAGUUCCGGUGAAACAAGCAGCAAAUGCAAAUGACAAGAAACAGAUAACAGAUGAUGAUGAAGAAGAUGAUAAAUAUGAGUAUCCAGAUCCUAUUGAGCAAGAAAUUCCAAUGAAACAAGAAGAAAGUAUGAAGAAACAGGUGCAUUUGAAAGAAAUGAAUUAUUUAGUUACAAUGAAUGAAGAAGCAAAUGUGAUAAAACCGGCAGCUUCAGAAGAUAAUGAGGGUUAUUUAGUUCCGGUGAAACAAGCAGCAAAUGCAAAUGACAAGAAACAGAUAACAGACGAUGAUGAAGAAGAUGAUAAAUAUGAGUAUCCAGAUCCUAUUGAGCAAGAAAUUCCAAUGAAACAAGAAGAAAGUAUGAAGAAACAGGUGCAUUUGAAAGAAAUGAAUUAUUUAGUUACAAUGAAUGAAGAAGCAAAUGUGAUAAAACCGGCAGCUUCAGAAGAUAAUGAGGGUUAUUUAGUUCCGGUGACACAAGCAGCAAAUGCAAAUGACAAGAAACAGAUAACAGAGGAUGAAGAAGAUGAUGAAUAUGAGUAUCCAGAUCCUAUUCAGAAUGAAACAGGAAUGAUGAAAAUGGACAAAGCUUUACUUUCAGAAGAAAGUGAGUUCAUAAUUCUAAUACACAAGGAUGCAAACAGAAAGAAAAAGACAGCUCCCAUUUCAGUACAUGAUAAAGAUUAUUUCAUUUCAAGGAAAGAAAAAGAAGAUGCAAAGAAGAAACACGAAAGUCUUCACUUUCCAAAAAAAAACAAAGUGAAAAAAAUCAAAAGGACAGAAUGUCUAGCAGAAAACAGCCAAGAGCAAAUGCAAAAGGAUCAUUAUAGAGACAAACCAAUUCCGUUUGUACAGGUAUCAGAGGAUCAAAAUGCUGGUCAAGAAAGUGUCCAAGAUCAAAGGAAUAUAUAUAAGCAAACUGCAAAUGAUGUUAUGAAAUUUCUGCCAAAACUACCAUUUAUCUCAGCAGAUGACCUAAAAUCUCAAAGUAAGAAAUUAAAACCAAUUGUUUCUAGAAAAACAGACCGUAAAAACAGAAAGGCAGUUGUAAUUGGAGGUUUGAAUUCAAUUCAACAUUCCUACACAUCCAAUACACAUUCCUAUGCUUUAUUCAAAGAUAAUGAGUACAUCCACUCAUAGGAAGGAAGUGUAAAGGACAUUCUCUACCCACAGUGAACCUGUGUGACUAAUGACAGUAAAGAAACCUUCUGUGACUAAAGACUCGUUGGGAAACAAAGCAGCUCAGAGGCUGGUAUGGAUUAUUCAGUUCCAAUGAAAACAGAAGCAAAUGCAUGACAAGCAACAGAUGACAACAGUGGAUGAAGAAAAGGAUGAAAAGAAUUAGGCCUAUCUGUUGAUCUGCACAUACGAAUUUGAAAAAAAAUAAAUACAGAAUUAAACCUGAUCUUCAUUAAUCUAACAAAUCAAUAAUUAAUAAAAAUAAUAAAAAUAAUGAGUGGCAAGUCAUGUUGUAGAGUGGCAUAAAAGAAAAACUGCUACAAGGUUUGCUUGAUAAAACUAAGUCUUCUCAGGACUUAAAACUCGUCUCGUCACUCGUCGCAAAUCCUGUUUUGGAGAUAAUGGCCAAAACAUGCUGGAAUGUCAAAAUUUUGGAAAUCUAUUUUAUUGCACUAAACUAACCUUUAUAUAUCUAUACAUCAUGCUAUGCUGUUA